GCAGUAAACAAGCGAGGUUCUGGUUAGUAGGAGAAAGCCGUUCGCAUCGAGUCUAUGCUCGAAAUGCUAAGGAUAAACUGUAUUUAAAAAGCAUUAAGCAAACACUGGAAUCGAUAAGAUUUUCCUUUUGUCGUCUAGCGGUUCCAUCGUUAUUAUUCUUUUUUUUAUACUCUGCGGGACAGUGUUAUCGAAACAGCAGCUGAUAACGUGCCAGAUAAUGGAUGUAAUAGUGUCUUUCAGCUGGAUUCGAUUCAAGUGCGAGGUCUGAGCCGGUCGUGCCAGAAAACGAAAAGGAAAUUAGAAGAAAAAUGUAGAUUGUACUAAGAUAAUUUUACAAAAUUUGACUGCUUCGUUUUCCAUUAAGCAAUAACAAAAAAGGAAGAAAAAUGCCUAUCAAAAUCAAUAGAGAUCUCAUGCCCAUAAAGGCCCAUUACUUCUUCUUCAUGGCAGCAAUGGGUCCUAUUUUACCACAACUUCCGGUUUACGGUAAAGAAAUGGGUGUUUCGUCGACGGUGAUGGGUACCGUUAAUGCUAUUCUACCCAUAAUCUUCCUACUCGCCAAACCUUUGUUCGGCUUGAUCGUCGACAUCUACAGAGAAUAUCGGAAAUCUAUAUUCGUCAGCCUCAUCAUGAUUAUGGCCGGAGCCUUCGCGCUCCUCAACAUCAUUCCUUCCAGGAGCUUCAUGAAGUACGACUUCGACGCAACCAGCGAUCAAUUAGAUAUAUGUAAUGACUCAGAGGGAUUUUGGAACGACUGCAAUACCACGGUUCACAUGAUCUGCAGCUGCGAGAUCAGCGGCCAAGUUCACGAACUUCCACUUCUGUACAUCGAUUCUAGUCAGAGCUGCAUCCCUGGGAAUAUCUCGCAGUCUUUUCCAAUCGGAAGGAAUUGCAGCUUCAAAUGCACGGAGAACAUCGAGAACAGCAACUCUUGCCUUUACACGUCCUGGACGUUCUGGGUCUUCAUCGUUCUGAUGUCUUUGGGAACUAUUGGCUUCAAUGUAACAAAUUCUAUAAGCGAUGCCAUUUGCUUUGACGUUAUUGGUGAUGAAUAUGACUAUGGUAAACAAAGAGUUUGGGGAACCAUUGGUUUCGGUUUCACCGCUUUGCUAUCCGGCUUCUGCGUGAAUUGGGCAUCGGGAAACUCCACCAGUUAUACACCAGCUUUCAUAAUCAUGUUGGUCUUCAUUGCCUUCGACUUCUUCUCCUGCUGGAAGUUGAAGCUUCCCAUCAUGGAAACCCCCGAGAACAUCUUCAAAGAUUUGAGGAAACUCCUCAACAACAGGCACUGCAUCAUCUUUAUAACUUACGCAGUAUUCGCCGGAAUCGUCGAUAGUUUCUUCGUGUAUUACUUAUUUUGGUAUUUAGAAGACUUGGCCAUAGCCACUGAUACGACUGAUGUUAAGCUUCUGGAGGGUUUGAUUGUGGCUGCUGAAACUCUUGGAGGAGAGGUCAUAUUCUUCUCGAUUUCAGGAAAGAUAUUGGAGCGUUUCGGGCACGCACACUCGUUCAGCAUGUGCUUCAUCAAUUACGCCCUUCGACUGGGUCUGAUAUCGGUCGUCCCAUCGCCCUGGUGGAUUCUUCCGAUUGAAUUCAUCAUGCAAGGGCCGACUUACGCCCUCACGUACACCACGAUUGUGGCGUACGCAAAUGCCAUCGCAGCCCCGGGUACCUCUGCAACGAUGCAGGGAAUCGCCGCCGGAAUGGACGAUGGAUUCGGAUACGCGAUUGGAAGCUUGGUGGGUGGACUGUUCUACAAGCACAUAGGCGGAAGGGGAGCUCUGCAGAUCUUCUGCGUCUUCGCUCUGAUCUGCAGCAUAACGCAUCUCAUGUUAUACAAGAUAUUCCUACAGCACAGGCAGCAGCCCAAUCAGAACACCGAGUACAAAACUCCGGCCGAGGCGGCUCUCGCCACCUACGAUACCUCAACAAUAAGUGAUAUGCAUUGUAUUUAAGCCCAUUGUGAUUCAACAAUAAUAAAGAUUUAUUUUUAUUUAUAAAAAAAACACAACGAAACAAGAAA